AUGAGUUCUGUAUUGCCUGAAUCUAUACAAGGUACUGAACAUUUUGUUGCUUUAAAUAGUGUAGAAAAUUUCUUGGCUUCAUUAUACGCAAACCCCCAAGUUCCACGAAAUGUUGUGCAAACAGUUGUCAAAGAUAUGAAAAACAUAUUUAAUGGUAUACAUCAGACUUUAAAAAAUAGUACUAUCAAAUUACUUUCAGAAGGAAAUAUUUCUAAUGAGUCAUUUAAUCAUUUUAACAAUAUUCUGGAAGUACUUGAGGAACCUUUUACUGACCUUGGCACAGAGUAUAAAAGAAUCAAAUAUUUUACAGACCUCGGAACAUAUAUUGCUCCUUGUGAAUAUGUUAUUGAUACAUUAGAAUAUGUUGAUAAAUUAAAAGUUCAUAGCUCAAUUUUAAUAAACUUUGUGCAAUUCUCAGUAUGGAAAAAAAAAGAAAAAAAUCAUGGUACUCAAAUCGUAUUUCCUAUAUUCUUAUUUUUUGAUGAUUACGAAGUUGGUAAUGCAUUAGGAAGUCAUUCGGGCAUUCAUAAGCUUGGAGCAGGAGUUCACAGUAUAACUGGAUUUGUAGAAAGCUUCUCUUCAAAUUAUCCAUGCCGAAUUUGUAAAAUGAGGAAAGAAGAUAUACAAAACCAGUCUUCUGUUGAUAAUAAUUUAAUAAGGACUGUAGAACAAUAUAAUUUAGAUGUAAAUGAAGGAGAUGUUUCAAGUAGUGGUAUUAAAGAAGCUUGUAUUUGGCAUAAGGUUUUGGGAUUUAAUGUGUUAGAACAGGUAGGAAUGGAUAUUAUGCAUGAUAUAUUAGAAGGGGUUGGUAAAUAUGAUUUGGCUUUCUUAAUUUCUUAUUAUAUUGAAGAUUUGAAGAUUUUUACUUUGCAAGUACUAAAUGAAAGAAUUGUGUGUUUUGAUUAUGGGCCUGACAAAGGUAGUAAACCUUGUGUAUUACAUAUAGAACAUUUAAGAAAAAAAAAUAUAAGACUUUCUGCAUCAGAAAUGAUGUCUUUAAUUCGCUAUUUUGGUCUCUUGAUUGGCUAUUUAGUACCUCUCAAUGAUCCCAUAUGGUGUCUGUAUAUUUUGCUGAGGCAAAUUCUAGAUAUUGUAACUUCUACGUCGUUACAAGUUGGUCCUCUUGUUAAUUUAUGGUGUAUGAGGUUCGAAGCAAAACACAGACUAUCAAAAAUAUCCGCCAAUACCAGUAGCAAUAGACGUAAUAUUUGUAAGACUUUAGCCAUCAAGCAUCAAUUACAACUCAACAAUUUGUUUCUUAAAGGAACUUUGGGUGAUGAUAUUGAAUCUGGUCCUUCUAAGAAGAUAAUUAGUAAUACUGAUAUAAAAAAAAUAAAAGAAUUUAUGGAAAUAGAUUCAUUUGAGUCCCUAAAACAGUGUACCUGGAUUUGUAUUAAAGGUAUCAAGUAUCAGUCCAAAAUGGUUCUUACACUUGACAUUGAUGAAAAUAAUUUACCCAAGUUUGUGUUAUGCCCAAUGGGUGUACAUAUGUGA